UCGUCGUCGAGUGAGGGACGUACCCUCGUCCCAAUCGCGUCGUUCGGAAAACCCAUAAAAAAAAUUGAAACCCCUAAAAAAAACAAAAAAUCUGAAGAAAAAACAUUGAAUUUGCGAAUUUCGCCGAAACACUCGGUAAAACGCCAAAAAAUGCUUCACAUUCAGCAAUAACAUCAAUUAUAAUAAUCAAUGACGAGAAUUGAACGAGGAAAUAAUAAAUAAGUAAAGUAGAGAAUGAAAAAUUCAUAAAGAACUUUUAAUUUUCAAGUGUGACAGCGAGAAAAAUGAUUUUUCCUCCCUUUCGGUGGAAAUGCCGAAAGUGAUGCGGUUAUUUCUCUAAAUUAAUGAAUUCUCUCUCCUGUGAAACCUCCGAGUGAUUGGAAUUAGUGAGAUACAUAUGAGAUUUAAUUUUGUUACGAUAUUUCUCUCAUUCAGAAAAAAACUGAGUAACACUUAUGUGACGAAGGAGAAAAAUAAGAAGGUGUGCUAAAAUAAACUGUCCCUGAGCUGAAAAACACUGGCCGAUAAUGCACAGCUGACCAAAAAUUUAUCGGUGAAAAUAAUUUCGAUCUGUCGACGGAGGAUCGUGAAAAUCAACGAUAAUCGAUAAUUGGGGUGAAACGAGAUAAUCUGGAAAAAAUGCGUGAAAUGGGAUAAUUUCUACAUGCGAAUAAUCACCAGCACGUGCCUUGCCACGAGAAAUCCUCACCCUUCGAUGGAAUAUAAUCGAAGAAUCAUUUGAAGAUUGGAAAAAGAAAAGGCAAAUAAUUAAUGUACACGUGAACAUGUCGAGUUUCAAGUGGUUAUUACAUCGUACAAUCAACGAUGACCUUUUGACAAUCGUCCACCGGCGUAUAAUGCACUACGAGGGUUUAUCGCCUUGCAACGACUCAAUGAAUGACAUGACUGUCAAUAUUCACAACGAAACACUCUUUGACAACCACAAAAUUCCGCAAAUUAAAACUGCGCAUUUCCACCUCAAUAAUCUUCAUUGAAUUAUUUUGCGACAAUCAGCACUCACCAUGACCCCAAAGAGUUGCAGAGAAAUACCCGAUCGAUCGUUCUAAACAAUAAAAUUGUUAUUGUUAUAUUGGAGUUAAAACGUUGCGGAAUAACCCAAUUAAAGGCAUGUACUGCUGGAUCGUGGAGGAAUAUUCAUAAAGAAACACAAACAAUCCUUUGGAGAUGUAAACAGAGGAGCUACAUUGCCUCAGGAUAAAUACAGAGAGUAUCCAGAGAGAGAAAAAUAAAAGAAGUGUCUUAAAUUCAUUUUUGAUGAUUAAACAACAAGGUGCAAAUGAAAAUUUUCCAUUGGCAAAUUGAAAUAGGAUUAUAAUUCAACUGAGUAGGUUAGAGUCAACUUAAAUCUUGGCAGAAUCAGCAGCAAAGAUUCAUCAUCACGCUUUAUAUUUAAAGGAAAAUAAAAAUAAACAAAAUUCAAUAAUUCAGAGUAAUUGAGAAUAUAGAUGAAUGAUAUUUAAAAAAACAUUAAAUUAAGAGUGAAUUCUUUAAAUCUUUAUCACUUGGCAUUUUACUACACGAGAUUAAUAAUUAUUGAUAAAAUUGAUAGGUUCAAGUCUCACACUGGCCUUCAGCGCACUUGAAUGUUAUUAUCUUGGUAAAUAAAUUUGGUGCGGAGUAAAUUGACGAGUCAACGGUUUUUUCGAUAUACAAGGCUUUUUUCAUUGUAAAUGAAUCAUUGAAAUUUUCGAGUGCGUUCACUUGGAAUUAUUGAUGAUAAUAAUUAUGCUCAAUUCGUGCUGUGCUUUUUUACAUAAAUCAAUAUAAAGUUAUUGACAAUAGAUUAGUACGCAGUGAUUAGGGGAUAAGUUGGUCAAUCGAGGAAACUUUUCAUCAGUAGUUUUGAUGAAUUGAGUUGCUAGUUUUUGGAGAAUCGCGAGUGUCUGUGCUGUGGGGUAGUGGAGACUAUUUUUUCGUUGGAUUUUAUCGUUAUUCAGGAGAAAUGCCUGUCAGACGGGGCCACGUUGCACCAAGGACCACCAUCAUCGAGACCAUCAUCAGGAAGUUUGAUACACACGACCGAAGUUUUCUGGUAGCAAACGCUCAACAGGGCUUAUGCCACAUAAUCUACUGUUCUGAUGGCUUCUGUCGUCUCACGGGAUAUUCUAGAGCUGAGGUAAUGCAGAGACCGGCAGUAUGCGAUUUCCUCCAUGGCCCAAUGACUUCACCCCAUGCCAUUGCUGCCCUCAGGGAUGCACUACUUGCUGGAGCUGAGAAACACUUUGAGAUUCUUUAUUACAGAAAAGAUGGCACCAAAUUCUUGUGCAGCGAGGUCAUAGCACCGAUAAGAAGCGAGGUAGACGACAUUUGUCUGCAGAUAAUCAACUUCGAAGAUCUCAGCGCCCAGCCAACUCCACCACCAGCAGCACCAGCACCCAGUCCCGCCAACAACAGACUAGUCACUCGAUUCGAUCGAGCAAGAGCAUCAUUCCGCGCUGGUUUAUCAAGAACUGGAGUAGUUGGACCACCGAGAGUGAGGAACCGACCACGUGCGCCAUCAACAGUGCCUCAGCCACGUCAUCUUCCUGACGGGACCAUUUUAGAUGAAGAUGCGUCAGAAAAUUGUCCACUCACAUCGGGAUCCUCCACGAUGGUGGAGUCCUGGGGAUCAGCGAGAAUAGGUACACCACCACCACCAGGAAUGCCCUCAGGAGGACCUCUUCCCCUGAGCACUAGUACCUGUGGAGUUUCGGGAGGUCUUGUAUCGAUGCCACCUAUACGACCUAGUCCAACGUGCGUACCAACUGCUGCUCCUAUCGCAAGUCCUGAAGGCGUAAGCGACGUAUCUCCGAAAUCAGGCAUUUGGGAGGGACAACAUACAUCUCCGGGGAAUGGCAAUGAGGAGCCGUCGAGGAGUGUUUCGCACGCUGCAAGUUUGGAUGCAAUAUCGAAGAGAAUGGUGAAAUCCGACAUGGCGAAAAUACCGUGUAGAAGUCUGACCUGCAGUGUCUUAGCGGGUCGAGGGAGUGAAUAUGUGAGCGGCCUUGAGCGAUGGCCAGCGACGGUCGAUAAUAUCAUGGAAGCUACUAAACACUCAAAAAUAUUUCCGGGUGUUGCGUCGGAGAGCGAUUUACAGAGAUGGCGAACAUCGAGGGAGAGAAAAUCACCGUCACUCAGUCAAAUGGGAUCGGAUUCUGUCAAACACAAAUUUUCUCUGCAGGACAACGGCUCAGCCAAGUACUUCCAGGGAGUGAUGCAUACACCGAACAUGGGAGAAAAAGUCGCUCAGGUACUGUCUCUCGGUGCAGAUGUUCUACCGGAGUACAAACUACAAUCACCACGUGUACACAAGUGGACAAUUCUUCAUUACUCACCAUUUAAAGCUGUGUGGGAUUGGAUUAUUCUCAUUCUUGUUAUGUACACUGCUAUUUUUACCCCAUACGUUGCUGCAUUCCUCCUUGGCGAACCUGAUUACGGUAGUAAAAAGAAGGCGACUAAAUACAGUGAAGACCCAAUUGUCAUCAUUGAUCUCAUCGUUGAUGUGACAUUCGUCGUGGACAUACUCAUAAAUUUUCGUACGACCUUCGUCAAUCCAAACGACGAGGUUGUCUCAGGACCAUGGAAGAUAGCCGUCCACUACCUCAGGGGAUGGUUUGUCAUCGAUUUGGUAGCCGCCAUUCCCUUCGAUCUGUUAUUAUACGGUUAUAAUACCGACGAGACAACGACCCUGAUGGGAUUAUUGAAGACUGCUCGUCUGUUGAGGCUGGUAAGGGUCGCUCGUAAGAUCGACCGCUAUUCUGAAUAUGGGGCAGCAGUUCUACUGCUACUCAUGGCGACAUUUGCCCUCAUCGCUCAUUGGAUGGCCUGCAUUUGGUAUGCUAUCGGUAAUGCUGAGCGACCGUCCCUGAAGAGUAAAGUUGGAUGGUUGGAUAUUCUCGCCAAUGAUACGCAUCAAUUCUAUUUCAAUAAUAACACUGGCGGACCUAGUAUAAAGAGUCGUUACAUAACAGCACUGUACUUCACAUUCAGCAGUUUAACAUCCGUAGGUUUUGGUAACGUAGCUCCCAACACAGACACCGAGAAGAUAUUCACAAUUGUCGUCAUGUUGAUCGGCUCUCUGAUGUACGCCAGUAUAUUCGGAAAUGUAUCAGCGAUAAUUCAACGGUUGUACAGUGGCACUGCAAGGUACCACACGCAGAUGCUUCGCGUGAGGGAGUUCAUAAGAUUUCAUCAGAUUCCAAAUCCACUUCGUCAGCGUUUGGAGGAGUACUUUCAGCAUGCCUGGACUUAUACGAAUGGCAUUGACAUGAAUAGUGUUCUCAAAGGUUUUCCAGAGUGUCUCCAAGCGGAUAUUUGUCUCCAUUUGAAUCGUCAACUCCUCAACAACUGCAAAGCUUUCGAAAAAGCCAGCCCCGGCUGUUUGAGAGCGCUUUCUCUUAAAUUCAAAACAACUCAUGCUCCACCUGGUGACACGCUAGUUCAUCGUGGCGACGUUUUAACGUCGCUAUAUUUUAUAUCACGUGGUAGCAUCGAAAUACUGAAGAAUGACAUCGUAAUGGCCAUUCUAAAUCCGCCUGAUAUAUUUGGGGAAAAUCCGUGUGAGCAUGCAACCGUUGGAAAGUCUUCCUGCAAUGUACGAGCGUUGACAUAUUGUGAUCUUCAUAAGAUUCAUCGCGACGAUCUUCUCGACGUUCUUGCACUUUAUCCGGAAUUUCAUCAGCAUUUCAUCGAGAAUUUGGAGAUUACUUUUAACAUGAGAGACGAGGAACAAGCUGGCGUUGAUCCAAUCUCUGCACGUUUCCCAGUGAGCACACCAACGGAUAUUGACACUGAUACGAGGAGGUUUGCUUUCCGUCCACCUAGAUAUCGUUAUGGCCCCGGUGGUCAGAGUUUAACGAGUGCACACUUACUACCGACUGGCAGACAAGAUUCUCUUCAGGAUGACGCAGAUGACUUUGACAAAGCGAGUGGCCACGGAAUUCUCGAGUUCAGUACAGACAAAGCAGGUCAAGAUGUUACACCGCUCAAUCUCGAGUUUGAGGAACCAAAACAGAGGAGUUCUACUUUGAAUUCAAUAACUGGCAUGCUAACCCAUCUCAAGCGCAGCAUUCCGGAUCUACGUCAGCAGAAGAUUCACCUUCAGCCGCUGACGAGUCACGACUAUCUAGCAAAACAGGCAACAACGACAUUGGUGAGACCAGCGAGACGUAGUUCCGCGGUGGUUGAGAGUAGUAUGGCUAGUCACGGUAUGAUUCAACCAGCAUCAAAUUCAUCAAGUCAUUAUACAAUACCAUCACCAUCGCAACAGCAGCAACAGCUGUUGCAUCCCUCAUCCAAUGGGGACUUUCAAAGUGGACCUGGUCGGCCACUCGACGAGAUGAACACUAGACUAGACGAAUUGUCAAAACAAGUGUCAUCCCUAGAGCGUACAAUGGCAAGUGAUAUAAGACUCAUAUUGGCAUUGCUGCAGCAAACAUUAGACACGUCCAAGGAGAGUUCCAGCACGGAAAUGAUGCCUGGCACAGCGCCAGCAGCAACAACAGGAUCGAGAACAAAUCGUGCACCAGCAUUGGCCCAAAGAUCUGCCAGUGAGCCACAAUCAUCAUCAAUACCAGCAACAUCAUCCACCAAUGGAAAUGGCACAAAAAUUCAGUCAAGUGCAUCUCACAGUCUUUUCCGGCCACCAUCGAGCAGAGAUCCAACAUCAACGUCAUCAGGCACAUCACGGUUAACAGUAACUUCUGAUACAUCAGCCCUUGCCACUGCCCUGCAGAGUGCCCUGAAUGGUGCUGCUAGUAGAACAGCACCAACCCGAUCACAGAGUCAGCCGGUUGAUCUUGCGGGACCACCAACGACUUCACAAUCACAUCAUCAUCAUCAUCAACCGCAGUUGUACGGAUGGCACAGCCAACCGGCAGCUUUAAGACGUGGCGAAUUUAGGACUGGAUACAGUUCCUUCAACAAACGUUCAGAACCUGAAUCAGACGAUCCCUGGAGUACAUGUGCAGUAUCAACAGUGGAGACACGUCCGACAGCAGCGAUUCAACGUCCCCGCAGUAGCGAGCAGAAGAAAGAGCUAAGUCCAUCACAGGCCCAUCGGAGCACAAAUUUGGAUUACAGCGGUAGCACGAUACCAAAACCCGAGAGUAGAACAUCGGAUAUUCCACCACCAAGAACGGAGACAUCUAGACAAGCUAGCGAGGACAUAUCAUGGGAAUUCACUCUGACCGAAGCGCCCAUCGCGCGUUUGGAAUCAUUAGACGAACUCGAUCAAGACCACGGUAGUUAAAAACAGACUCAUUGAUGAUUGAAUUAUCCCCAAAUAAUCUGUUCACACAGAUCAGUCAUUGACAGACUAUAAAGUUCACACGUAAUAUAAUAUUUUGGCUGUGCUUGUAAUUAGCCUCUUUGGGCUCUCCAUCUAUAUGUUAAUAUUGCAAUUGCGCAAGGAAAAACACGUUAUUACACGUCCACGUUUUUACUUUUAAACGAAUGGAACGUAGAGGCUAUUAUUUCGAAUGAUUCAGACGCGCCCUGAAGAGGUAUCUGAAAGUAUAUCAUGAGGACAACCGAGAAUAUCUGCAGAAAAAAUAACAAGAGAUUGUCGGUGCUGAGGAAAGCUUUAAUAUUGUGCACGCAGAGCACAAUUCUGAAGUUGAAUUAUCGAAAUGGAACAAGAAUAUGAAUGGACGACAUAUCGUGAUGGUAAUGCGGGUCAAGAAGUGGUGGAGAUGAGAAAGCGGAGGUGUGAGUUUUAUGAGAGAUUAAAUAAUUGGAUUCAACGAUGCAUUCACGUCAUGAAGACAGAUUAAAUUCUUAUAUGCUGAGAUUAAUAUUUAGAGGGGAAAUUAAGUUAAUGUGUUAUCAAAUUUUAUACCGAUCACGGCUACUGAAGGAAAAGCAAGCAGAUUAUUCUAUAUUAAUAUUAAUGAUAUGGCAUAAUAUCAUGUAAUGUACGUUCAGGCGAGAUAUUUUUUUCGUCUCCCGAAUUAUUGCUCUUCUUCGUACUUUUUUUUUAAAUCAAAUUUUAUGAAAAAAUCGUAGGGUUAUUUUGUAAACGACUACGACACGGUGUCUAGAAGGAUUUAGACGUAGGGAAGGGUGAGAUGAUUGACAGUUAAUACGCGUUGUUUAAAUUUGAAUAAUUUGCUCAGUAUUUCCAUUAGAUGAUGUUUUUAUCUGCACGAACAUUCGAUAAUAAUUAGGCUGCGUACUACGAUUUAUUCCUCUUUUUUCGGGUGAAUGGAGGUGAGAUGUUCGAGCUAUCGUGUACGCUUAUGACGAAGCUUUCAAACGAGUGAAUGACAAUUAUCACAAUCACGACACGACUGUUGUCAGUAGAAUUUCAGAUAAUAAACUUUAGAAAAAAAAAACCUAUAUUGAAUAAUUUUAAUUAACGUCACACUGUUAUUCCGUAGAUGCUCAUGUAGUCUGGAUUGAAUAAUGAAAUGCAUGUCGGAGUUUUCUGUUAUCAAUUUUUCCUCACGACAAUUUUAUGGUGAAAAAUUGGAGUUUCUGAUUUACCACUUGGCCUUCAAUGCACGUACGAAAAAAUUUUGCAGAAUAAAUCAUCUAUGAUUUUUUGCCACUCAGCUCGUGAGGUAACGUUUCAUGAUCACUGCGUGGUUGUUAAACCCUGCCUGUGAACUUAAUGACAAAAAAUAUUGUUUGUCACUCGGCCGAGAAGAAAUUUUCUGACGAUUGUGUUUACAUCCCUCGGGUUCGCCUCACAAUCGCCAGAAAAGUUCCUAGCAGCGUAGUGACGAUAUAUACUAUUAUGUGAUUUAUAUAGGAUUUAUUUUUCCAAGUUUCGAUACUCCAGUGGAAAAAAUCUGGAAAAUUUACCGCGUGUAAUUUCUGUGGAAAAUAUUUCAACAGAUAAAAUGGUGUGAGACGUAAAAAACUAUUGGUUUUUCCUGCAUAAUAUUUUCUAUUGGACAUUUUGUCCCGAUAUUAGAAAAAAAAAUAUUAGAAUUAUGUACAAAAUUCUGAGAGAAUUUUAUCCGAAUUGUAACAAAUACAAUCGAUUUAUCUAUCAAAUUUUUUCAUCCGUGAUUGAAAAAUUUCUUUUUAAACGCUGAAUUACCACUUCUCCCUCUUCUUAUCGUUGCUAGUAAUAUAAUGAUAGUUCUAGAGAUCUUAUGUAUCGAAUCUCGUCCUCAUUCAUAUAAUUCAGGUAAAUGACUACAAAAAAGAAAUGAUAAAUCAUUAUUUUACUCUCCAAAAAGGAAAUCCGCAUCAGUCAUUCUGAAUGCAGCUGUAACUGAAUCACUUGUAAAAAAAAAUGACGGAUUAUUCAUGAAAACACAUGUGAUAAAGCUGAAUUUCAAAUGAAGAAACAAAAUCAUUAAAAAAUUAACGAAAGUCCUGAGCUGGACGCAUUCGAGCGAACGUAUUUUGUUCGUCUUUGCCGAGGCUGUGUCACGAGAUUUCACCGUGAAAUAAUUCUUCUAAAAAAUCUUAGGGGUCACGGUGAAAGCGCGUUUCAAUGUAUAAUAAAUAAAUUUAACUAUUAAACUGAAAAACUAUUCACAUAAACAUAAAAAUGAAUAACGAA